UUCAGAUUAUAGGAUGGGCGGCAUUGACUGGUCCUUUGGGAAAACUUUGGCAUUUACUUUCUUUGUGUUGAUCUGCCCUCCUGCGUGGUUCUACUUUUCGUUGCCGUUGGACAGUCGGAUCGGUCGAGCACCUUUUAUAAAAUUUGUCUGCCAUAUCGUUUCUCAUAUUUAUUUUACAAUUCUUCUCACUAUUGUUGUGCUUAAUAUUACUCACAAAAUGUAUGAGGUUACUUCUGUAGUACCUAACCCCGUUGAAUGGAUGCUCUUAUUAUGGCUUUCUGGGAAUUUAGUUUCAGAGCUUUCAACAAUAGGUGGAGGUUCAGGACUGGGCAUUGUGAAGGUAUAUGAUAGAGAGAAUUGUAGAAAACAAUAUUGUCUAAAGGUAUUGAUACUUGUGUUAGCUGCAAUUGCCAUUGCUGUUCAUAUUUUGGCUUUUUUACUGCCCGCCUUCUAUCUAACACAAUUGGAUAGUGAUGAAAAAUUGCACUUUUCACGCACAAUGCUCUAUCUGGUAUUAUAA